ACCUGCCCAAGGUUCGGUCGCGCUCCCAAAAAGAGGAAGCUUCGUACCUGGCGAUGGCUAGCUCGUGAUUCUUGCAGCAGAUUUUGGAUUUUUGGAUAAAAACGAACUUCCAUCAUGAGAGGCAGCGUCGAGCAGCUGAUCAAAAAUGGAAAGCGAUUUUAUGUUCCUCGAAGACCGAGCGAGCUGCUGGCCCUUCUGGCCCUGUCGACGACCCUGUUCCUCUUUCUGCACACGCGCGACCUGCAAGUGAAGCUCAAGGAGAUGGAGACGAGGGCCACCGGCGAAUCUGCCGCCUCCAGCAGCCGCGGCAUCGCGUCCUCCUUAGCCGAAUCAGCAGUGAACACCGUCGUCAUCACUUCUGGCGGCGACCCAACAUCCUCGUCCUCGUCCAGCAAAAUCAUGCUGGCCGCCCUCGCCGGCACCCUUCCUCAGGGAGUCGUCACUGAAGAAAUCGACGUGACUGCGCUGAACAACACGGCCAGGGCGAAGAAGGACAUCAUCUUCUUCAAUCGAGUGCCCAAGGUGGGCAGCCAGACGAUCAUGGAGCUGAUCAGGCGCUUGUCCCAUCGCAACGGCUUCAACUUCCACCGGGACAAGGUCCAGAGGGUCGAGUCCAUUCGACUGGCUCCGCGGGAUGAAUCAUACCUGGCGCAAGUAGUGAGCAAUUACGAGCCGCCGUCUGUGUACGUCAAGCACGUCUGCUUCACCAACUUCACCAAGUACGGCUAUCCCGAGCCGAUUUACAUCAACCUGGUGCGCGACCCUGUGGAACGGGUCAUCUCGUGGUACUACUACAUCAGAGCGCCGUGGUACUACGUGGAGAGGAAACAGGUUUUCCCUGAUCUGCCGCUGCCAGAUCCAAACUGGCUCAAGAAAGAUUUUGAAACCUGCGUCCUAAGAGGAGACCGUGAGUGCAGAUUCAUCGAGGGCGAAACGAGGGAGGGUAUCGGUGACCACAGGCGACAGACCCUCUUCUUUUGCGGCCACGGAGAGGAGUGCACGCCUUUCAACACUGAAGGCGCUUUGCAAAGAGCCAAAGCGGCGGUCGAGCGACACUACGCCGUGGUUGGAGUUCUCGAGGAAUUCAACAAAACUUUAUCUGUUUUUGAACACUACAUUCCCAGAUUCUUCAGUGGUGCUUCUCAAGUUUACUGGGACUCUGCCCAUAGUUUGAGUAAGAUCAACAAAAACUUGUACAAACCGACUGUGAGUGAGGAGAUCAAGAAUCUGGUGCGGCAGAACUUCACGAGGGAAACCGAGUUUUACCAGUUUUGCAGGCAACGGCUGCACAAACAGUACGUGGCCCUCCACGGACUAGGUCUCAUCUCGAACUGAGAAUCAAAGACUAAUGACAAUAAUUAGCCGAGAGUGUUUCUUCAAAAGUGUGAUUAUUUCUGUGGAGUGAUGAAUAAUAAUUUGACUGCGUGAUUUCAUUUUUGUAAAAUGCGUUUGUGAAUGUGUGUAGUCAAAAUAGCAGAACUGUAUUUGUAGAAUUAUUUUGCUGUAGCAUUCCUAAAAACCUCCCUCAAUCCCAAAAUUAGAACUGCAGCUUUGAAAUGCGAAAAAAAAACCAUUUGUUUUAGUUAGACGAGCCAUCAAAAGAAAAGCCUUAAGUUUAAUUUAAUAAAUAAUUUUAUGUUGAUUUUUAA